AUGGGGUUUCUGCAGAGGGUGGAACUCCCCUUUGUUUCCCGAUGGAUCAACGACGACAUUCGACCUAUUGAGUCUACAAGGCGGACAUGGGGUUUCCUGAUGUUCCAUAACUUUUGGCUUUUGGUGAACUGCAACAUCACCACCUACCUCACGGGGAGUGCUUUGAUCCCGCUUGGCCUGACUUGGUGGCAAGCUUUCAUAUGUAUCGUGCUGGGGAACCUCAUUGCAACGGGCGUUGUAAUCAUCAACUCUCUCCCUGGAAGUUAUUACCACCUCGGAUUUCCUGUCUUCAGCCGGGCAGUAUGGGGGAUGUGGGGGUCCCAAUUCGUGAUCUGGAAUCGAAUCUUCCUCUCGCUUGUCUGGUACGUCCAUCACAGGUACGGCUUCACAGCUUGGGUCGGUGGCGAAUGCGUCUACCUCAUCCUCCUGUCCUGGGAUCCGCGCCUCGAGUCCCACAUCCCCAACACGAUCCCCUCAGACACGGGUAUGACGACAGCGCAAUUCGUUUCCUAUAUCAUCUUCAGUGUGAUUAGUUUGCCGGUGAUAUGGAUCCGCCCGCACCGCCUCGAGAUGUUCUUUCGCUUCGCCUGCUCUAUCACGCUCGUCUUCUUUCUUGUUCUGCUCAUCUGGGCCCUGGUGACCAUGGGACCUACCGGCUUCGGCGACACCAUAACAUCUGGCUCUCCUCUGCCCAACACCGGAGGACCGGACAGCGUGGCGUGGCUGAUGGUGUAUGGCAUUGUCUCGACGAUUGGGUCCAUCGCUGCCGGAAUUUUAAACCAAAACGACUACUCUCGCUUUGCGACUCAACCCAAGCAUGCCAUCCUGGGACAAGCCGUGUCUUUUCCGUUUUACGGCAUCUUCAGCUCGUUGAUCGGCAUCCUGGUGACGGCCGCGACGCAGGAUCGAUUCGGUGGUGAGGCCAUUUGGAAUCCACCAACGCUCUUUGCACAGCUGCUGGCGCAGAACGAGACGGCGGGGACACGGGCGGCAUGCUUUUUCGCUGGGCUGUGCCUCGUCAUCUCCCAGAUCGGUGUAAACGUGCCCGGCAAUGCCCUCGCUGGAGGCUUUGACCUUGCUGCGACGUUCCCGAGGUACCUCAACAUCCGUCGUGGGGCGUACCUCACGGCCAUCUUCAGCGUCAUUGUGAACCCUUGGCGGCUUGUGAACACGGCCACGACGUUCUUGACGGUGCUGUCGAGUUACAGUGUCUUCCUUGCGCCGAUGACUGGCCUCAUGAUUUCCAGCUACCUAGUUGUGAACAAGAGGAAGAUCGAUGUCGAUGAUCUUUACCGUGGCGACCCAGGAAGCAUAUAUUGGUUCUCGUAUGGAUGCAAUUGGCGUGCCCCUGUAGCAUGGCUGGUGGGCGUGGUACCCUGCAUGCCUGGAUUUGUGGCAGCGGUAGAUACCUCGGUGACAGUUAGCCCUGGAGCAACUGAGCUCUACUACAUGUCGUACGUGUAUGGACUUCUGUCUAGCGGCCUGGUCUACGCCGUGCUGCACCGAGUGUUUCCGGCAAAGGCGCUCGACUCCUUUGUUAAGAUAGCACCGUCAGCGAGAGAGCUUCAGGAGUUCCAUCUUGGAAAGUGGGAUGUUACGUUGGCAGAAACACCCAAUGUCGUCGAUGUGCUUUCGGGUCAUGGGGGUAAGACUGGAGAGACAGUCGCGACAAAGACGGACGUGUAA